UCCAAUGGAAUGACGUGCUGCUUUCAAUACAUUAACAACAAAACAGAGCAAUUUCAUCACUUUCAGCCAGCAGCAGAUCAAAUUAAAAUUAUUUAAAUAAAAAUCAAUCGAAGGUGAACAAAGAAACUUAUAAAAAAAGAUGGUCUACAUAAGCAGUGAUGGAAAAGUGUAUAAUAACCAACCAUGGUCGUUGUCACGAGUAUUUUCGAUAUUUUUGGGUAUCUUCACAGCCAUUUCAUUAUUCCUACAGUCGCUUAUAGACCCGUUUACAAACUCAAACGGAUCCACUUCAUCCACGGGCAGAAGAAGUUUCUGGGGCGGUAGCGGAGGUGGCGGAAGCGGUGGUGGAGGUGGCGGUGGCCAUGAUGGCAGAGGACCACCAAGAGGACCACGACGACCGAUGGGCCGUAUUAUGCAUUUGUCGGAUAUAACAGUUCCAGGAGGAUGUCCUGGUGGCAGUUGUGGACGCUAAAACAUUCCUGCUCACUAAAUCAAAUCCAUGAUGAUGCAUAUUAAGCAAUUCUAAACUUCUGUGUGCGCAUAUUUUUCAACAGGAAUCUAACAAUAUUUUCUAUAAUCUAUCUAUUCCCGCGUUUUGUAACACGAUCUAAAUCUAAGUAAAAAGAAGCAAAAAUCGAUAGUUAAAUUUUUUUUCCUUUUGUCAAAUAGCCAUUUGUAUGGGACUAUUCUAGUUUGUGUAUGUUUAUGGAAUAUGUUAAUGAAAGAAUGGAUGUAUCGUUUUAUUGCACGUGAAAUAAAAGCAAAUUAAGAGAUUAAA